AUGAAAACCGUCACCGCAAUUGCCGCGGCAUUCGCGCUGUGUGCAGUGCCUGCCUUCGCCAAAGAAACGAGGGAGGUGUGCGAGCAGGUUCCUUACCAGGCCGCCUCCACAUGCUACCGCAGCGUGACGGUGAAGGAGGCGUACUCUUGCGACAAGACGGAGACUCGUCAGGUGUGCAAGAACGUCCCUAUGCAGGUGGCUGAGACUUGCUACAGGACCGUGAACGCAAAGGAGGCAUACCCUUGCCCCCAGACCCAGAUGAAGACCGAGUGCUACGAUGUGCCUAAGACCUGCCAGCGCACCGAAAUGACCGUCCAGCCCUACUCCUGCGGCAAAGAGCACUGCAAGAUGGUUCCUCGUGAAGUGCCUGCAACCUGCAGCCGCCAGGUUCCUCAGCAGCAGCCAUAUGCCUGCCAGAAGACGCGUCAGGAGCGCGUGUGCCAGCAGGUGCCUUAUCAGGUGGCCAAGACCUGUUACAAGGAGGAGAUGACUCAAGAAACUUACAGCUGUCCUCGCACCGAAUACAGACAGCAGUGUCGCAACGUCUCCCACAACGUUAUGGACGCCUGUCAGCGUACUGUGAUGACUCCUGAACAGUACAAGUGCACUAAGACCGAGUAUCAGCAGCAGUGCGAGCAGGUUCCCUUCGAAGUUCCUGACACCUGCUACGAGACUGUUGAAACCAAGAAGGCCUAUCCUUGCAAGAAGACCGAGUACAGACAGCAGUGCCGCAAGGUUCCCGUGCAGGUUCCUAACACUUGCAUGAAGACGGUGAUGGUGAAGGAGGCGUACGACUGCCCCAAGACAGAGUACAAGACCGAGUGCAUUUCUGAGGCCCCUCAGGUUCUUGAGGCCCCCAUGUGCAAGGGAAAGCACUGCAAGAUGAGGAGACUGAAGUCUGCUCCCACCUGCCGCACUGUUCCCAUGCAGGUGAACAAGACUUGCUACAGAGACGUGCCUCAGCAGGAGUCCUACGCAUGCACUAAGACCGAGUUCCAAGAGGAAUGCCAGCAAGUGCCUUUCGACGUCCCUGACACCUGCUACCAGUCUGUGCCCAUGCAGAAGCCCUACACUUGCAGCAAGACUCAGUACAGACAGCAGUGCAAGAGCGUUCCUGUCGAAGUCCCUGCCACUUGCACUCGUCAGGUGCCUCAGCAGCAGACUUACCCUUGCCCCAAGGUGCAGGUGAAGCAGGAGUGCGAACAAGUCCCCUACACCGUCAACGACACCUGCACUCGUCCUAAGGCUGUUCAGGUUCCCUACAGCUGCCCCCAGACCCAGUUCAGGGAGCAAUGCCACAUGCAGACUGUUCCUUACACUGAUACCUGCAUGCGCACUGUCUCCGUUAAGGAAGACUAUCCUUGCAGCAAGACUGUGCAGGAGCGUGAAUGCCAGUUCAUUGAGAAGACAUGCACGAAACAAGUGCCCGUUCAGGUUCCCUAUGACUGCCCCAAGAAGGAGUGCAAGCAAGUUCCUUACACUGUUGAGAAGACCUGCUACAGAGAUGUACCUCAGCAGCAGCCCUACGAUUGUGCAAAGGUUCAGAUGCAGCAGCAGUGCGAGCAGCAGCCAUACACCGUUCCUAAGACCUGCUACAAUGACGUUGUUAAGCAGCAGCCCUACCCAUGCACCGAGACCAAGUACACCACCAAGUGCCGCACUGUUCAGGUUGCUUCUGCCCCCCCUCCCCCUCCUCCCGUUGUCUUAGCUCAGUCUACUAAGGAGCCUAUGCCCAUGGCUAUGUCCGUUACUAAGGAAGCCCCAGCCCCAAUGGUUGCUGCAGCAUCUAAAGAACCUGCACCUCUUGCAAUGGAAGCAGCCUCCAAGGAAGUCCCUACCAUCAGCAUGAUGUCGUCGAAGUAA